GACUGAAUCUAUCAAGAAAAGAACAAAUACAGUAGUGGCUGUCACCACACUGGCUGUGGCAAACUGUGGGGUGGUCCCAGCCUGGUGGUUGAGCAUCUGCUUGGCAUGCAGAAGGCCUCAGAGUCAACCCCCAACAUCUCAAGGGAGGGCUGGCAAAGAUUCCCCGUCCGCAACCACAGAGAGCCAUCGCCAGUCCGAGCAAACACUCCUGGGCUGGGUGGCAGCUUCCUGUGUAAUUUCAUACAUUCGUUGUGCCUUUGUGGUUGCGGUGCCUAGGAACUGGGAUGUUGGCGGUUCUCUGGAUUGUAGGGAAGAGAUGGGAGUCUGCAGCUGGAAGUUCCAGCAGGCGCCUGCUUUUGUUCCUGUGUAUUUUGGACAGAUGGAUCCAAUCUGGCGAGGCUGGGGGCUGGCUGUCUUGCGGCAGCAGCAGGGGCUCCUUUUUGCAAGGCUGGACAUCUUCAUGGGGUAGGCGGCAGCGAUGGGCGAAUCCUAGAGGCGCAGGACGUUGGCAGGAGUGGCCUCCAUGCAGAGUUCUGGACUUCCCUCAGCUCCGAGACCCCCUGUGUGCCCCAAAAUGUCAAAGUGGGGCUGGGCAGCAGCAGUAGCCGCUGGAGCAGCAGUUGUAUUUGUUCUGUUGCCUGCAGCUCCUUGGAUUCUGCAAGAUGUGGAGGCAGAGGGGGACGAAGCAGCCAAAUCUGUUGUGGCUUCUGCUACUUGGCAACCCAACAAAGGCUUGGCCAGAAGGAGGCGCUAUGCAAUCAACCCUCUAGGCUACAAAUGGGACCAUGUGAAUCUGACCUACAAGAUUGUACAGUUCCCCAGCACCCUCAACAAGGCAGACACCGAGCGAGCCAUAGCGAGCGCCUUUCGCAUGUGGAGUGAUGUUUCUCCCCUCAGCUUCCGGCGCUUGGCCCCUACCCAGCUGGCAGACAUUACUAUAGGUUUCUACACGUUCAACCACACCGACUGCUGGUUCUCCCCACUGCACCCUUGCUUCGAUGGGCUCAAUGGGGAACUGGCCCAUGCCUUCCUCCCUCCCCGCGGCGAGAUCCACUUUGACAAUCAUGAAUUCUGGAUUCUGGGACGCUCCCGCUUCAGCUGGAAGCAAGGCGUCUGGCUGAAUGACCUGGAGCAAGUAGCAGCUCACGAGAUUGGCCAUGCCCUGGGGCUCUGGCACUCCCGGGAUGCCCGCGCCCUCAUGCACCCCAAUGCCACCUACAGUAGGACAUGGCGCAUUGGCCAGGACGACGUCUGGGCCAUACAGCGGCUGUACGGCUGUGUGGAUGAGAAGAGGCAGUGCCAGCUGUGGGCCAAAAAGGGCUUCUGCACACACCAACGGCGAGCCUUCAUGAAGAAGCACUGCCCCAGGAUCUGUAAUGCCUGUUUUGAGCACCCCACGGCCACCACCGCCUCCUCCCUGCCUGUUCGGCCGUCGCGCGUUCACACCAGAUACAUCUCCAAGGGCAAAGUCAUCACCUUCCGCUGUGGAUUGAACUCUUCCAGGUUGCGCUUGCAAGCCAGCUGGUAUAAAGAUGGGGAGCCGCUCUCUCACUCGCUGCCAGGCUUCGAAUUGCUGCCCAGCCAGGACCUGCGAGUCGUCGCCACUGAGUUCAGCGAAGGGAGGUACGCCUGUUUGAUCCGCCGCGGCAGCAGGACUCUCCGGGUUAAUUCCUGGCAGAUAAAGCUCAAGCCCAGAAGUCAUUUGCCUCCCAAGAUGGGCGCGCAGGGGAGAGCAUGAACAGGAGCAACAUUGUGUGAGGUGUGUUUAUAGCCCUAGCUGGCUUGGCACUGCCCACUUGGACCAGGCAUGGCAUCUGCCACUGCAGCCUCUGGACUCGCCUGCUGUGUUGCCAGGUAUCUUGAUUUGGGAGGCCUUGUGGGGAGCUAACACUAACAUGUCCAGAGUUUGGUACAGAACCUGGAUGAUGUGUUAUUUGUCUUCUGAACCCACUGGGUUUUCAUCCAGUCACAUGCAGAGGCAAUAGGUUGAGUGUUUGUUGCCCGGGGCCUUCUGCAUGCAGAGCAGAUUCUCUACUACUGAGUCUCACAGCUCUUGCCACUUAAAAACAACAACUGUUUAAACCAACAUUAUUCCAAGACCUGCAGCAGGUGUGGGGAACUUGUGGUCCGCCUGAUGUUGUUGGGCUCCAAUUCCCAUCAGCCCCAGCCAGCUUGCCUAAUGGUCAGGGAAGAUGGGAAUUGGGAGUCCAACAACAUAUAGAAGGCCACUGCUUCUCCAUGUGUGUGCUGCUAUCCCUGAGAAAAAUUUCUUCAUGUGAGUACACAGAGCAAUCCCAAAGCCAUCUAGGCUCAUUUUGGAACCUUUCCCAAUAGCUGCUUCACUCACAAAUUCUUCAAAUCCUGUUAAUAGAUAAACCUCUGCAAAACCGGCCUGGCGAGUAUUUGUUAAAGCCAAAGCAGACCUAUUGAAAGAGCAUCUUUCUGUCUAUCAAUAGGUAUUUACCAUUUCAAAGGAAUGGACCAGACUAGCAAGGAAAGACAAUCAGAAAUAUGAUCACCUAUCUUGACAGACAGGAGACAAGCCACACUCUCAAAUUUCUGUUGUUUUUCUGCCUUUUUCUGUGAUGCUUGUAUGAUGCUUUUGGGUGGUCUUUAGCUAAGGGGCUGGGCAAUUUCUAAAGCCUUUAAAAGUUAUUACGCUCCUUUGUUCAGGUCCUCACAUCCUUGCAAGGGCGGAGGAGACUUUGUUGCAACAGAAAAUUAAAGAUCUUCCUUUUAAAAUUUCUACUGGUUCCUGCCUCCACUCAUCUUUCUCUGACAGACUUGGGGCACACUGAGUCCCUUGAUGGAAAGAAUAAUAAUAAUACCAAUACUAAUACUAAUAAUACUAAUAAUACUACUA